AUGUCUUCGUAUCCACAAGUGACGUUCUCACGAACGACCUUCCAUGGACCUUCAGUAUUGAAGAACCGCAAAGAGACUAUCAGCAGAACGACGGUGAAGGCCCAGUUGGAGCAGCUACGGAACACCGGGAGAUACGACUGCUUCAAGCUACAAUGGCAUCCGAUCUAUGAUGAUCACUCCACAUGGCCAGUCCCGAAGAGCUUGUUUUGGGAUAGUGACGUUGGGAAAUGGAUUGAGGGUGCUUGUUACUCUCUGGUCCAUGAGUACGACGCUGCGAUUGACGCUGCCGUUCGUGAGCUUGUGGAUAUGAUCAGGAGUGCACAGCAGCCUAAUGGGUAUCUCAAUGUUUACUUCACUGUUGUGGAGCCCCAGGCGCGUUGGUCCAAUAUUAGAGAUCAACACGAACUCUAUAAUGCCGGCCAUCUCAUUGAGGGUGCUUUGGCACAUGAGAAUUACUACAAGAAUGGGCUACUAUUAGAGCCGAUUGUAAAGUAUGUCAAGUUGAUCCGCUCAGUCUUCGGGCCAGACGCGCAACAGCGUCAUGCAUAUCCCGGUCAUCCUGAGAUCGAACUUGCUCUUCUUCGAUUGUACUCGGAAACGAAGAAUCAGGACGCUUACGACCUUGCGCAGUACUUCAUAGAGGAGAGGGGUAACUCAACAGGACAGAAUGGAAUGCUUUACUACGACUGGGAAGAAAAGCAACGUGGUGACACACCUUGGAAGCGACCAAAUGCAUACCCCAUGUCUCACAGCCAUUGGUACAAUCAGUCGCAUACCCCAAUUUUGCAGCAGAAGACUGUAGAGGGCCACGCAGUACGCGCUAUGUACCUCUAUACAGCUGUAGCUGACCUUCUCCACCUCGACCAUGUUGGCCUCCAUACUUACAAGCAGAAUCAUGAAUAUUUCAAUGCACUGCAGACGCUCUGGAAUAAUAUGGUGGACAAAAAGAUGUAUCUCACAGGAGGUAUUGGUGCCAUGGAGCAAUGGGAAGGUUUUGGCCAAGAUUAUUUUCUACCUCAAGGCUCCGAUGAAGGUGGUUGCUACUCUGAGACUUGUGCAUCUAUAGGCGUCAUGAUGCUUGCUGAGAGGCUGCUGCAUUUGGAUCUUGAUUCAAGAUAUGCCGAUGUUAUGGAGCUUCAACUAUACAACACCGUGAUGACAGCGAUGAGUCUAGAUGGAAAAGCAUUCACUUAUGUGAAUCAGCUAGCAAGCUCAAACAAAGACAAAAGCGCUAGGGAGACUUGGUUUGAAUGCUCCUGUUGCCCACCGAACUUGAUGCGCUUGUACGGAUCGCUUGGUGGUUAUCUAUGGGACUUUGGGCAAGAAAACGACAGCGCAUUCGUCAAUGUUCACCUGUACACCACUGCACAGGUGCAGUUCGAGGCCAGUGGCGAAAAAGUCGAACUUAUACAAGAGUCUAAUUGGCCGUGGGGCGGCAUUGUUUCUUUCAAACUCAAGUCAACAACACCUGUCAUUACGAGGCUCCGGAUCCCCUCCUGGUCUGAAGGAAACUACAAGGUAUGCUUGUCACCUCCCCUCAACGAUACGUCGGUCACGAAGGGAUAUCUCACUUUGCCGGCAUCAUACACGUCUCAAAAUCCUUCAUUUAUAAUUCACUUUGGAGGGUUUGAACCUCGUUUCAUUUCUCCGCAUCCUUAUACGAACCAGAACACUCUCACAUUGGCUCGUGGCCCCAUCAUUUAUUGUGUCGAAGAUGCUGACAACACUUGGGAAAAGAACCAUUUUAAGGAUAUCACAAUAUCGGCCAAAGCUCGAGUAUUGGAAGAGAAACGUGACUGUAUAGGCGAGAGUUUCGUUGGUCUACGCUCGACGGGAAGAGUACGGCGACUAGACACGUGGACCGGCAGGCAGGCAGGUUUGGAGCCCGGAUCCAGCGGCGAAGUCAGUGCUUUAGCGGACGAGCGGGAGCUAGUAUUCGUGCCAUAUUAUCUGAGAGCUAACCGUGGCGAUGAAGGUCAUAUGAGGGUUGGUCUGGUUCGAAGUUCAUAG